CGACUGCCAAGCCGCCUCUCUUGUCUCUCUCUUCACAACAUGACUGACUGGGAAGCGGUGGCUCUGGCAGAGCAGCUCUGCUGGCGCAACCAGAAGGAGCAGGAGGAUUAUUAAAUAACGCAGCUCGACUCUGUGCAACUGGGAGUGGAACGAAGGAGCCCAACGGCCGAGACGGGGAGGAGGGAGGGCAAAGGAGGGGACCAGGAAGGACACCCCUGUGCCCCGAAGACACAAAUCCCUCAGUGCCCUGGAGCAGCCUUAACCAGCGGUGUGCAGCCCUUCAGGUUUCAAAGUUGGCUGUCACAGUGCAAACCUUGAGGUCCCGAUGGGGGACUCAGGAUCCAGACGAUCUACUCUGGUGUCCCGUUUGCCAAUAUUCAGAAGGAGUAUCAGCAGAAGGAAUGACUCUCUUCCUUCCUCCCCCUCUUCCAGCAAUACGGUUGGUGUCCACAGUUCCUCUCCUUCCAGCACGAACUCAAGCUCAGGAAGCACAGGUAAACGCAGAAGCAUAUUCCGUACUCCUUCUAUUAGUUUCCAUCAUAAAAAGGUCAGUGAGCCUAAGCAAGAAGCCAGCAACCAGAACCUUAGUGUUUCCAAUGGUGCUCAACCUGGUCACAGCAACACGCAGAAACUGGGCUUGGAUGACCCUGUCAAAGCCAGGGGGAGACAUUCUGUUGGUUUUCACAGUUCACGAAAUAAGAAGAUAACAAGGUCUUUGACAGAAGAUUUUGAACGAGAGAAGGAGCACUCCACAAACAAGAAUGUCUUUAUAAAUUGUCUAAGUUCUGGCAAAAGUGAGGGGGACGACUCUGGGUUUACAGAAGAACAAACUCGCCGUUCUGUGAAGCAGUCAACCCGGAAGCUGCUCCCCAAGUCUUUUUCAUCUCACUACAGAUUUUCUAAGCCAGUUCCACAGAGCCAGUCCGUUUCUUUGGUACAACAGCCUGACUUCUCUUUGGAGAUUACAGAGUUGGAAGAGAAAGAACCUGUAUUAGGAAGAACAUCUCCAUCUUGUUCUUUGGAUGUUACGGAACGGGCAGGAAGCUCCUUACAAUCUCCUUUGCUUUCUGCGGAUCUUACCACGGCUCAGACACCUUCUGAGUUUUUAGGUUUGACCGAAGAUUCCAUGUCAGAAGCAGAUGUAUUUCCUAAAAGCGGAAGCCUGGCAUCCCACUGUGACAACCUUGCCCCAAAUGAUUCUACCUCUAUGAUCUCUCGCAAUCCUGCUGCUCUUACAAAGACGACGACAGAUCUCCUGGGAACAGCUCCCUGUGCAGUCACGUCUCCUGGGAAAUUCAGGUUAGAAGGUCGAUGUAGCACCGAGUCUCAUUCCGUCCCAGAAACCUCUGCUGCUAACCAGGAGGAAGUGUUACUGCAAAUCACCGAGGUCCCUAGGAGGAAUGCGCUCAACUCAGAGAACCGUCUGCCUGCAGAUGCUCCAAGAGGGGAAGAUGCAGCGGUACAAAAUGGGGAUGCAGCGCUGGGCACGAGCUCCCCCAGGAAGCGCGGCUUGUGUGAGCAACACAAAGCCAUAGCUGAGCGUGUGAAAGGGAUCCAUCCGGUUUCAGAUUCGAAGACAAUACCCUCUUCCGGGGAUCAUCCCGUUUUUAACAAAACAUCAUAUGGAUAUGAGGCAAAUACUGCCAAAGUUCUUGCCAGUAGCUUCAGUCCUUAUCGCGAAGGGAGAUUUAUAGAAAGGCGCCUGCGAUCUUCUUCAGAAGGAACCGCUGGGAGCAGCAGGAUGAUUUUCAAACCAAAAGAUGGGAACACAGAAGAAAUUAAUAGUUUGAGAAAGCAAAGAACGGGCUCCUCAUCUUCAAAAAUGAAUAGUAUGGAUGUUUUGAAUAAUUUGGGGUCUUGUGAACUAGAUGAAGAUGAUCUAAUGCUAGAUUUAGAACUUUUAGAGGAACAAAAUCUUCAUCCUUCAGUGUGCCGGGAGGAUUCAUACCAUUCUGUAGUCUCGUGUGCUGCUGUAGUUCUCACACCUAUGGAACCAGCGUUGGACUUAAAAAAGAGAGAGGAGUCCAAAAUUCCAGAGCACGGCAAACCGAAUCUUUCCUUGAAAUUAUCAAGAGAUGUUGAGCAGGAAGCAAGGUGUUCCCAUAUCAACCGGACGCCCAGCAGUCCAUCUGCAGACUGGCCCCUGCAGGGUGUGGAAGAGAAUGGAGGCAUAGAUUCUCUGCCGUUCAGACUGAUGCUACAGGACUGCACAGCUGUCAAGACGUUACUGUUAAAGAUGAAGAGAGUGCUACAAGAGAGUGCAGACAUGAGCCCUGCAAGCAGUACCACGUCACUUCCUGUUAGUCCUCUUACUGAAGAACCAGUGCCUUUCAAGGAUAUAAUGAAAGAUGAAUGCUCGAUGCUCAAGUUGCAGCUGAAAGAGAGGGAUGAACUUAUCUCUCAACUUCAGGAAGAGCUGGAAAAAGUCCAACAUUUACAGAAGGCUUUUGCUUCAAGAGUAGAUAAAUCCACACAGACUGAACUUCUAGGCUGUGAUGCCCUGUGGAAUCCUACAUGCACUGAAGGUUUUUUAAAACCAGUACAUAUUUCAACAUAGAUUAAAUAAUCAUUUGACCAUAAGUAAUGUAUCUCUAAUCUGUGACGUUAAAUAUUACAUGAAAAUAUAUUUUCGAGUCAUUCGGUAUGUCAGCUAUUUCUCAGAUUAUGUAAUAUAGAACUAUUUUUCUAAUACUUCAUAUGGCUUGCAUUUGUAAACACUUACAUACAAUAUUGAUGAACAAAGAUCCAAGUGAAAUAUUUCUGUUUUUCUUAACUGUAUUCAUAAAAUAGAUGUAUUUUAAAAAUUUCUAUAUACAAGUAUUCUAAAAUGUAACAUUCCACUUGGCAGUAAAUAUUUUCAUUCAAUGUCAUUUGUCUGUUUGUUAUAAUAUUCAUUUUGUGUCACCCUUUCCAUGCAUUUAGGUAAGUUUGAACACAGCACUUUGUCUUCUUCCACCAUUGUGGUACAAUGCGUUUGCAAGAGCUCAGUGAUAAUUCUAUGGUGUUUUCCCCUGUGUUUAAGCCAAAACACAAAGUAUUGUGUCUUCAUACGGAAUAAAUAGGAAUAGUUUCACUCGAACAGAAGAGGAUAAAAGCCUGGUCAUAUUUCUGUUUAGAUGAAAUAUUAUUAUAUCUGAAUGCUGACCUCAUAUCAAAGGAAGUUUUUUGAAUGUAUCAUAAAGCUCGUCCCUAUCCUGGACUUGAUGUUGUUCCCUCAUUUCUGUGUUCCCUCUUCACUUCCUUUCUGUGAUAGUUCAACUUGAAUUAGAAGAAUGGCAAGUGACUGUCAGGCACUCCUGAAUGUUACAAUUUGGACUACCCCAAUGAAAGAUUCAAUGUCAUGGUAGGGGCGACAACAGCACAAUUAAGCUAUGGGGAAGAAUA